AGGUCUGAUAGAUUCGACCGUUGCGAUCUUCAACGUCGGAGGCAUCGUGCCAGGACGAACCUUCAAGCUGACGCGCCUCCUGCGGCCCUUCAUCUUCCUGGCCUUCACCACGAACCUGCGGGAGGCCGCGGAGCGGGUGGUGCGGUCCGUGCCGUGGUUCGCCGACGUGCUCUUCACAUUGGCCCUCUGCCUCUUCUUCUUCGUCUGGGUGGGCAUCGAUUUGCGCAGACGGCUGGGGGCAGGGUGCACUUUCCGUCGUGGGCGGAGUCGUUCUCGAACAUGAUCCUCUUCACCACCGCCAACAACCCAGACGCGUGGGUGCAGAUCUACGUGCAGCACAGGAACUCCCGAUUGCAUUCUUCUUCUUCGCCAGCUACAUCGUAUUGACUGUCUACCUUCUAAACAACCUCAUCCUGUCCUCAAUCUACGACGCCUACAAGGAGCAGCUGACAAACAUGGUGGUCAAAGCAGACCAAAACACGCAAACUUCGCUGGAGGAGGCCUUCGAACUGCUUAAGGAC